AUGCGAUACUUCGGCGCGCUUCGAAACGAGCUGACGCUGGAUCAAAACAUGAACGAGUACGAAGCCGCGACGACGGAGGCGCUGCUGCGACUCGGCCACGAGGACGCGGCGAAGAAAUUCGGCAGCGGCCUGCGCGCGUUCCAGGUCAGGAAUCAUCCCGUGCACAACACGCGAUGCUUCAUGAUCGUGCGCACCGACGGGACGAUGGAGGACUUUUCGUAUCGAAAGUGCGCGGCGCGGUUGUUUCCGGGAUACGACCCGGCGACGUUUCGCGAAAAGACGGGCGCCGCGCGAAGCGGCGGCGGUCGCGGUGGUCGCGGCGGUGGUGGGCGCGGCGGUGGGCGCGGUGCUCGCGGCGGUGGUCGCGGCGGUGGUCGCGGCGGUGGUCGCGGCGGUGGUCGCGGCGGUGGUCGCGGCGGUCGCGGCGGUCGCGGCGGCGGCCGCGGGAAUUUCGGCCGCGGCGGCGGUCGCGGCGGCGGCCGCGGGAAUUCCGGUCGCGGCGGCGGUCGAGGCGGUCCCGAUCGCGGCGGCGAUCGUUUCGGCGGCGGCGCCGAUCGCGGCGGCGGCGGCGGCGACCGACCGCGGUUCGGCCGUCCGUAUUAG